AUGGUGCGAGACUUCCUAAAUACGGAGUUCUGUUUUGCAACUCGCGAGCAAAUUUCUGAACUCUAUCGACUCAUUUUUUAUGGUCGAGAGGAUCCCCAAUUCUUCAUUGAUCCUCUCGACCUGGAUUCCAUAGUGAAAGUAGAGCUUGAGAGCGUCGAAUUCAAUCACACCGCUCUAUGCCAGAUUUUUCAAAGCUUAUGUAACGAGGGGCACGAAUCCCCAUUCUAUUGCGAAGUAAAAACGACCCAGGCAGAGCAUUUCCAGGGCUUUUUAAAACAAAAGCACCAAGCCCGAUUGGAUAUGCAACAUCGCCAAGAGUUAUCCACUCAAUGGGAAUCGAUUGAGAGAAGAAGCGCUUUUCUAAAAGAGGAAAACGCCUCUCUAAGAGAAAAACUUUUUCUUCUCGACAGGGAAAAGGAGAAAGCCUCAUAA